UUCCGGUGAGUGUGUGUCGUUCAGAGCUGUGAAUAAGGAAACUCUGAAAUAUUGAUAUUAAGGCUCAACUGACACUGGAGGUGACAUGACAGUGUCACCCUUUUCAUUAUAAAAUGGCAGCAGUACCUGGAGUGAGGGCGUUCCUCAGUCUCCACAGGUCAGUGAGCUUUGGGCUCAUUCAAGUCCAGCUGAGAUUAACCUGCCAUCCUGUGAAGCUUUGUAGCACUGUUACAGAAAGUGAUAUGCCCCCGAAGCCACCAGUGAAUCCAGAGAAUGAAUCUCUGCUGGAUAAUCUGAAUCUCAUGGGAGUGGACGUGAAAAAGGCGCACCAGCGUCAGCCCGGCGUGUUCCGUAAAUCCUUCACUAAUGAGCAAGGCGUCGCUCAGUUCCUGCAAGGCAAAGGUGCCUGCCGCAAAGUAAUCGCCAGUAUCAUAUCCCGUUAUCCCCGUGCCAUCACUCGCUCGACUGAUCACUUGGAAAAGCGGUGGCAGCUGUGGAGAAACAUUUUCACGACAGAUGCAGAAAUUGUGUCCAUCAUGGAUCGCUCACCCGAGUCCUUCUUCCGUACCAGUGAUAAUGAGAACCUGGAGAAAAAUAUUGCUUUUUUGAUCUCACUGGGACUGAGCACCAAAGACCUCCACCGGCUGCUGACCACAGCCCCACGCACGUUCUCCAACAGUGUGGAGCUCAACAAGCAGAUGGUGGAGUUUCUUGGAGACGUCUGUACAGAGCUUGGUGGGAAGAAUCCAGAGCAGUUUGCCAAAGCGGUCAUAUCCAGAAACCUUUACAUUCUCAUCCGAAGCAUAAAAAGAGUCAGGACAAAUAUUGAUAUGCUGAAAUCAUCUCUUAAGCUAAGAGAUUCAGACCUGCUGGCUUUUCUGCAAGGUUCAGGAGUAGACAUUCUGGACCUGUCAAAUGAGUGUGUGAAGAAGAAUUUUAACAGCCUUAACCAGAAGAUGACCUUACUCGGCUGUCAGAAAUCUGACAUAAAAAAACUAAUCAUGACCUAUCCAAUGGUUCUGUACAUUGGGACAAGCACACUGAGCUCUAAACUGGACUGUCUCCUGAAUGUAGGAAUAACAAUGGAUCAAAUAGUGGAGAAGCCCAAAGUUUUGGACUACAGUGUACAGAACAUAACGGGGAGACUACAGGAGCUGCAGAAAGUUGGAUACAACUUCCAGAAGAAUGGCAUCAACAUCCUGGACUCUAGCCGAAAGAGAUUUGACGCAAAGAUAGAAAAACUUUCUGCCCCACCAGAAGAAUAAAUGUAGUUGCUUGUAAUAUGAGACAAUAUAAAAGGCUUGACUAAAUCAUUUGUCAGUAAAAUAUUAUUUUUGGUUA